ACUCAGAACUUGUGGGCGCAUAUUGUUGUGCAUGUACGUCCAGUUACUCAAGAUUGCUGAUUGUAAUAAUUUCGUACAAACACCGAGAGCCUCUGUAGUCAAGGAAUAUGAACAAGAAGAUGCUGGCAUUUCUCUUCCUUAUUCAUCUGAUGGCUCAUUCGACAAGAGGUCAAGUAACAGAGUGUUCAUUUGGCGAAGGUUUUGACAACGACAGUGUUUUUUGUAGAGGGUACACACAUUCAGGUUCAUCAUGCACAAAUGAAAAAGAAUGUUGUACAAACCCCAAGAUGAAUAACGGAUGCUUCAAUAUGUCAGUUAUUCAAGCGCACAAUUUGUGGAAGCCACCUCGUGUCUGUUCCGCUAAAGACUUCGCCUUCAAGCAAAAUGGCAACUCAACUAACAAAGCCAUAGACGGUCACAUUAUAGGGCGUCAUAAGGUCGUAUCUCGUACACAAUGCGGUGACUUCUGCAUACGCGAACCUCAAUGCAGUGCGUUUAAUCUGGCAACUUCCACAGACCACGAGGGUAAAAUGGAAUGUCAGCUGAUAGAAAAUGAUGAAAGCAUCGUCAACAGAGAUGGAUUCAGUUUUUGUCUUUUCGUCAGGGAGUCGUAUAAAGAGACAUAUCUGACACCACUUUGUGAAUCCUAAAAUCAAGGGAAAGCAUCAUUGUGUCAAACAGAAGAUUUGAAAGAAGAGAGAAAAACACAGCGAAAAAGGGAAGAGACCUAUGAUAAUCUGUACAAAGAUGAUGCACUUUUCAUUGAAAUUUUUGAAAAAUCCACCAAAGGAAAUAAAAUGCGGAAUUUUCCUAUGUCACCACGACUUGUCUAAGACUUGAUCAGCACUCUCCCUGAGUUAUCUCCGUACAAAAACUUCUCGUUGCUGUGGAAAUCAGACCUCGCUUUAUUUCAACUCAGUCAUAUUCUUCAUAGCUUUACUGCCGCGCAUAAAAUUAAUAAUCAUAAAAAUUACAAUUUGCUUGAUUUUGAUUGGUUUAAAAAACUCCUAUUUUCCAGUCAAGUUGUUAUCGGACAGUUCAAUAAGCCAAACACAUUCAAAGUUAGUAUAGCUGCUUAGCUGUUUUCGAAUUCUAUUCACGGUAAAUUCCUUUUGUCUUUUAAUCAUUCUUUGAAUAAAGAUAGCUUUGCGCAUGUUUUGAUGACUUAUUUAUCAAUUAUUAAUUUAUGUCUCUCUUUCACUCUCCUCACCAGAAAAUCUAAGUAAGAAUCAAUGUUGGGAAUUUACUGGGCCGCCAUGUUUGUAGCCGCAGUACGAGUCAAUUUACGAACUGUUAAAUGACAUAGUUGCAUCCAAAUUUAUAUUUUUAUCGAAAAAGUAUCAUAAGUAAAUCAGACCGUGUGUAAAUAUGUAACAAAGGUAUGCAAAGGGUAAG